CACAGUACUCUUAGUACUCUUCACAGUACUAUGUGGAGCUCUCUGUGCUGCUGCGCCUGCGCAGUGCAGCUCUGUGAAGUGUCGGAAGUUGAGCAGCAGUGAUUUAGCUCUUCAGGCUAACCGCUAACAGCUAACAGCGGAGACUCGCUCCCAGCGUCUAAAACUUGGUUUUUAGCCCCAGAAAGUUGGUUUGGACGGAGGCGGUGAGGCCGCAGUGGAGCCCGGAGGACCGGGGGCGGACUCUCGGUGUUGUUCGCAGCUGGAUGGUGGCGGACGGGGCUUUUAAAGAGCUUUCUAACAAGUUGUGAUUGUUUUUUGGCGCUCUGGCAGCGCAGAGGAAAGAUGGAGGAUCUGCGGGUGUAGCAGCGGCUAAUGCUAGCUGGCUCCUCCGUCUGCUGCCAGCGUCGGUCCGGGACUAACCGAAGCUGCUUCCCCGCUCCGUGGACACGUCUGGAGGGUUUGAUUAACCACGCUGCCGGUGUCUGAUCCACUGUGGAUGUUUGCAGAUGAACUGAAGCAUGAUCUUCCCUCAGGCUCUGAGGAUGGAACCCGAGCUACUGGAGACAGGAUCUAGAAGUCACAUGGUUCUCUGAAGAAGCCAUGGGUAGCUGUUUAAGCUGUCCAGAGAAAGAGUCAGUUCCAGAUACUCAUCAAAGUAAAUUCAAGGUGAUCAACGUGGACGACGAUGGGAACGAGCUGGGCUCUGGUGUGAUGGAGCUGACCGAUGCAGAGCUUGUCCUCCACACCCACCGCCGUGACGACGUCAGGUGGCCUUACCUCUGCUUACGGCGCUAUGGCUACGACUCCAAUCUCUUCUCGUUUGAGAGCGGCCGGCGCUGCCAGACGGGACAAGGUAUUUUUGCGUUCAAAUGUUCUCGAGCUGAAGAAAUCUUCAACAUGCUGCAGGAGGUGAUGCACAGUCACAGCAUCAGUGUGGUGGAGGAGGCAGUACUGGAGACCAACCACCAGGGUGUGCUCACUCCUGCAGCUCAGGGUUACUCUGUGCCCACGGUGCCUAACGGUGUGAGCAGGAUUCCCUCUGUGGGGGAGGCUCCGUCUCACCCCUCCACCCGUCACCCGUCUGUGGCCAGCACCCGUCUGCCGUCGGUGGGGGAGGAUUCCACACACCCCCUGCUGGUGACUGAGGAGGCGGUUCACACAUAUGUCAACACCACCGGUCUCCUUGACGACCAGCCCAGUCCACUGACUGUCACCACCCCUCUGGAAAGCCCCACCUCUCCCCAGUCCCAGUGCCCCCCGCCUCCCCCUAGGGUCCGCAGCGACCCUCCGGCCCCGCCCCCUCAGCCGGAGCCCCAGGUGCUGCUGGAGCCUCAGGGCGUGCGCUUUGUGCUGGGCCCCACCCCAGUUCAGAGGCAGCUGAUGGAGAAGGAGAAGAGGCAGCAGGAGCUGAAGGAGGCCCCGGGGCCCCAAGAGACUAACGGCCACAGCGAGGUCCCUGCUGAGCCAGAGCCCGCCCCUCUGCCCUCCAACAGCUCCUCCUUCUCCAAUCCAUCAACAGCUCCUCGCCGCCACCGCCCGCCCCCCCUCACCCCCGACCUGCAGAAUGUCAACAACUCGGCCCAGAGACGCACCGCCCUCCUGGACUAUGAGAACCUGCCGGCACUGCCACCGGUUUGGGAGGCGAGGAAGCCCAGCACAGAGGAGGAGGAGAAUGGCUGCGGUCGUCUAAAGACGCCAUCGCUCAAUGGCUACAACCACCACCCUCACCACAGCUUGCUGCACCACUCCUACUCCCACCCUCUGUCAGCCACCCUCGAGCCCUCACACAACUACGUCAACACAGAGAAUGUCACAGCGCCGCUCAGUGCCCACCGGCCGGACACGGCCCGGCGCCGCACCGAUGGACCUACUAUCUUCAACUUUGACUUCCGGCGGCCACUGUCGGGUCACCCGGAGCCGCCAAAAACCCUCAACUAUAUUGAGGUGGAGAUGGACAGCAGCACCGGCAACAAAGGCGCCUCGGAUGGCAGCAACCCCCACACGCCACGCACCCCCACCUCCCCGCUGCCCCCCACCACACCCACCCGCCGCACCGAACUCUACGCCCUCAUCGACAUAGAGCGCACCGCGGCCAUGUCCAACCUGCAGAAGGCCCGGCCGCGAGACGACGGCACGUCACGCAAGACGAGACACAACAGCACGGAGCUGCCAACUAAGAGCACGGCGUGACACCUCCUGUUCACACGCAUGCGUAAAGACGGAGACGCUGUUUGUCCCACGUGGACACGCAGCCACAGACUCCUCCUCCUGAACCAGGGUCAUAUGACUUCCUGUGUGGUCACAUAGUCAUAGAGCAGUUUCCUCCUCUGUUGUUGAGGCAGCGUGGUGGCGGUGAUGAAGAUGUUAAUAAGACUCCUCCUCUUUAUAUGGUACAAAUCAGUAUUACUGAACAAAGCAUUCCAUUUAUUCUUUUAUAUGAUUCACUACAUGCUGCUGUAACUCAGUAUCUAAGGACCACAUGGUACACGUAUGUUUCUGUAUGUACAGUAGAUUCUGGCACAAUAAAUGUCUGUUUUUAUAUGUA